GUCACGCGCUUCGGUAUACAUACUCCUCAUGAUUGAUAAUAAGUAGAACGUAGACUGGAUAUCGGUUACGACGGGAGCAUGAUCCGAUCCAGCCGAUUCGGGAUAUAAAAGGACGUUUGAACAGGCUGUUCUCUCUCAAUACUUCAACACUCAUAAAAACUCUCUCAUCUGAACAAAGAUGCUUGAUACCCAACCUCAAGCAGUUCAAGUCUCCCAGACCUCCGAUGGAAUCACUACUAUCACUCUUUCACGCCCUCACCGCAAGAAUGCCAUAGACGGACCUACAGCCAAAAAGCUCGCCGCGGCCGUUCUAGCAUUUGAGAACGAUACAACACAAAAAGUCUGCAUUAUUUACGGUGCACAUGGUACAUUCUGCGCCGGCUUCGAUCUUCAUGAAGUCGCGAAGUGGAAUCCUGCCCAGGGAACAGACAACUACCUCGGUCCAAUCAUUGACUCAAACCAUAAAGUUGAGGACCGAAAUAUCGGCCCCAUUGGACCCUCAAGAAUGCAGGUAAAGAAGCCGGUCAUCAGCGCGGUCGCAGGCUACGCUGUCGCUGGGGGCUUGGAGCUCUCGCUCAUAGGUGACAUGCGCGUUGCCGAGGAAGAUGCUGUCUUCGGUGUGUUUUGCCGAAGAUUUGGCGUUCCCCUCAUUGACGGCGGUACUGUUCGGCUACCGGCCAUCAUCGGCCUCGGCCGAGCAAUGGAUAUGGUUCUCACUGGAAGACCUGUUUCGGCACAGGAAGCGUUGCAGUUUGGACUGGCGAAUCGUGUUGUACCCAAGGGACAGGCUCUGGUGGAGGCGACCAAGAUUGCGAAGCAGCUUCUUACCUUUCCGCAGGAAUGUAUGAAUGUGGAUCGUGCUAACUGUUAUUACUCUGUUCAUAACGCAUCUUCGUUUCAGGAUGCGUUGAGGAAUGAGUUUGAGAAUGGUGUCAAGGUGAUUACUACGGAGAGCGUGAAGGGCGCUGCGAACUUUAGUAGUGGCGCUGGACGACAUGGAGCUUUCGAGACAGCCAAAUUUUAGGGCUCUCCGCUACCAUUUAUGUAAU